CAAAGUUUGGGUGGUUGGUAGUACUUUUUAGGAAUUCAAGGGUGGUAAAUGAAAAUAUAAAGUUGAUUUUUGUGUUUCUCAUGAGAAGUUGAGAACACUCUAGACCCGAAGCUGGCGACAAGAGGAAUUCAAACUACUGAAUUGCAUUUAAACCCUUCGUUUGUUCGUUUCGUAAAUCGAUUCUCCCUCAUCACAUUUUAAAUUGUUUCAGAUCUAUCUUGAACUGAAAUAAGGAUCUGUUGUAAGGGAAUGCAGAGGGAAAGACAAACUAGAGAUGAAUCAAUGAAUUCAUCUAAUAGAAGCAUGAUGUCUAGCAUUUUUGGAGGAAGGGAUCCAUUUGAUGACCCAUUUUUCACUCGACCAUUUGGGAGUAUAUUUGAGCACAAUAACAUCUUUGAUACACAUGGUUCAUCUGAGGAUUUGCUACAUUUAAAUGCAAACAGUUCCAAGGGGCUAGUUAUUGAAGAGAUAGAUUCUGAUGAUGAAAGAGAAGGAGAAGAAGGGCAAAACGGUAAUUCUGGGGUUGUUACGGAUGACAAACCCCACAGAGUUGCCACAUCUAGCAAAGAUCCCCUUAUAGAACAUCCUGAUGAUGAAGAGGAAGUGAAGAAGGAGACACGCUUCAACAAGAAUCAUAACAGGACCAAGACCCAAAGCAUUAGUUUUAAAAAAGUUACAUAUGGUGGUAUAAAUGGAGCAUACUACACUGCAACAACAACCAGAAAAUCAAACAAUGAUGGAGUGGUACUUGAAGACACCAAAGAAGCUGAUAAAACAACAGGUCAAGCAACACAUAGAAUUUCUAAAGGAAUACAUGACAAGGGUCACUCUGUCACUAGGAAACUUGGUACAGAUGGGGAAGUGGACACAGUGCAGACCUUACAUAACCUUAACCAAGAUGAGUUGGCUAGUUUUGAAGAAGAAUGGGAGGGUAAUGCUGACAUGCACAUCCCUCCUUGGAACCAAGAAUUCAACUCGUUUGGGAAGCCAAGGUUUGGUAGCAUGGGACCAUUUGGGUUGGCGCUUGAGGCAGCGGGUGGCUCCCAGAGAAGUGGGAGGUUGAGGAGUGAAAAUCAAGAGCAGACAAGUUCUUCUAGAAGCCAACCUAAAAAGAAAGAAACUAGGGGUGUUAUCUAUGCUGGAAGGAGAGCAAACAGUGGAAGAAAAAGCAAGGAACUCUAUACUCUGUGUAUUAUUGAAUUGGUAAUCGAAGAUUUGUUAGGGAAAGAGAAACAUUGUAGUUAUGUGACUCAUACAUAUCCCAAGCCUAACCUUUCCUAUCUUUUUUCCUUUCUGGAAGUUUCAAUCACCCUCUUAUUAUUCUCCUAUUCUCUCUUUCUCUCUUUGAUUUCGAGCUUUAAAGUUUCUCAGAGUAAAAUGUCAAAACUAUUUCGGGGCAAAGAUCCAUUUGAUGAUCCGUUCUUCACUGGUCAUUUCCAUGACCAUGGUGGAUCUAGAAAGGAGAUAACAAUCGAGGAAUUGGACACCGAUGGCGGAAAUUCAGCUCCUAACACACAAGUAUCAGUCACCAAAACCCCAACACGCAAAUCUCAAGAAUCUGAUAGCUUCAGCUUCCGAAGAGUUGCAUAUGGUGGUGUCAAUGGAGUGUACUACAGUUCUUCUAUAGGCCAAAGGACUGGUAGUGAUGGGGUGGUUUUUCUAGAAAUCAAAGAAGAAGAUAAGACUGUGGGUCAAGCAUUGCAUUCAAUUUCCAGAGGAAUACAUGAGAAGGGUCAUACACUGACAAAAAAACGCGACCCAUUUGGCAAAGAGGAUUCAUUGCAAAUUCUACAUAAUCUAAAUGAGGAUGAACUAAAUGCGUUUGAAGAAAAUUGGAAAGUCAAAGCAGACAAGCAUAUACCUGGUUGGAAUGACGGAUUCAAUUUGCUUGAGAAUGCAGGGAUGGAGGGUUAUGGUGAGUUAGGUUGGAAAGAUGAGGGGGGUUGGGGCAUGUGGACACUGCCAUGGAGAGAUGAGUGGGGAACGGAUGGUGGUCAACCCUCUUAUGGAAGGGUCAAAAAGGUUACCCCAGUUGAUAUCAUGUAAUCAACUCUAAGGGCGAGUUCACUUAUGACUCGGAUGAGUUUAAAAACUAUGGAGUUAUACUAGAUGCGCAAGUAGUUUGGUAGUGUGUUUUUAAUGUUAUGUGGUUAUAUAAACUUUGACAUAAGUUUAUCCUUGUUUUAUUAUCGUGUGUUUGUUUUCUUGUUCUCUAAAUUUCAUGUAUGUUUAAGUCUCAAAAUCUAUAGACUAUAAUUAUUAGUGAUUUGGUGUGAUUAGAUCAACAACAAAGGC